UGGUUAGUUUAGCCGGUCUUUCGCCACAAGUAUCAGAGAGCAAAGGGAGGAAGCGGUUCCCCGCGUGAUGCUCCGCUUGAGACUGCAGAAUUUCAUUUGAAAGACGUCCCACAAGGGGAAACUGCAGCCUAACCUCGCCGAAGGCAAGGCAUUUUGAUAUAGUUCAACGUGAGGGGCUGACACCUCUCAAGCCGUGCAUCACCUGAGAGGAAAAGAGUGACUGCGUCAACAUGGGGUAUGGGAAGUCAGACAGUUACCGCGUUGCCACCACACAGGACAAAGAUGACCGAUCCCCCAAGAAGAAGAAGGGGGCAACCAAGGACAUGGAUGACCUGAAGAAGGAAGUACCCAUUACGGAACACAAAAUGUCUGUAGAGGAAGUAUGCAGGAAAUUCCAGACUGACGUUGUCCAGGGACUGACCAAUGCCAAGGCCGCAGAGUUUCUGCUCAGGGAUGGUCCCAAUGCUCUCACCCCUCCUCCCACCACCCCAGAAUGGGUCAAGUUCUGUCGCCAGCUGUUCGGUGGAUUCUCCAUCCUGCUGUGGACCGGCGCCAUCCUCUGCUUUCUGGCCUACGCUAUCCAGGCAGCUACCGAGGACGAGCCUGCAGGGGACAACUUGUACCUUGGUAUUGUGCUCACAGCUGUCGUAGUCAUCACCGGUUGCUUCUCAUACUUUCAAGAGGCUAAGAGCUCUAAAAUCAUGGAGUCUUUCAAGAACAUGGUACCUCAGCAAGCACUGGUGAUCCGUGAGGGUGAGAAGGUGCAGAUCAAUGCUGAGGAAGUGGUGGCCGGAGAUCUGAUUGAAGUGAAGGGUGGAGACAGGAUCCCUGCUGACAUCAGGGUGACUUCAGCUCACGGCUGCAAGGUAGAUAACUCUUCCCUUACAGGAGAAUCAGAGCCUCAGAGCAGGUCACCUGACUGUACCCAUGACAACCCCCUGGAGACCCGAAACGUUGCUUUCUUCUCCACAAACUGUGUUGAAGGCACAGCGCGUGGCAUUGUUAUUUGCACUGGAGACCGCACAGUCAUGGGCCGCAUUGCUACUCUGACGUCCGGCCUGGAAACCGGCAAAACACCCAUUGCCCGCGAGAUCGAGCACUUUAUCCACAUUAUCACAGGAGUGGCUGUCUUCUUGGGCGUCACCUUUUUCAUCUUGGCCAUCAUUUUGGGUUACACCUGGCUGGAGGCCGUCAUCUUCCUCAUUGGCAUCAUUGUGGCUAACGUGCCUGAAGGGCUGCUGGCUACUGUAACUGUAUGUCUGACUCUGACUGCCAAGCGUAUGGCUAAGAAGAACUGCCUGGUGAAAAACUUGGAAGCUGUUGAAACUCUGGGCUCCACCUCCACCAUCUGCUCUGACAAGACCGGCACCCUGACCCAGAACAGGAUGACUGUGGCCCACAUGUGGUUUGACAACCAGAUCCAUGAGGCUGACACCACAGAGGACCAGUCGGGUGCUGCAUUUGACAAGAGCUCUGUGACAUGGCUGUCUCUUUCUCGUGUUGCUGCUCUGUGUAACCGCGCACAGUUCAAAGCUGGACAAGACUCAGUGUCCAUCCUGAAGCGUGACGUGGCUGGUGAUGCCUCAGAGUCAGCUCUGCUGAAGUGUAUCGAGCUGUCAUGCGGUUCAGUCAGGAUGAUGAGGGAUAAGAACAAGAAGGUGGCUGAGAUUCCCUUUAACUCCACCAAUAAAUACCAACUUUCUGUUCAUGAAACAGAAGAUCCAAAUGACAACCGCUACUUGCUGGUGAUGAAGGGAGCCCCUGAGAGGAUCCUGGAUCGUUGUUCCACCAUCAUGCUGCAGGGCAAGGAGCAGCCUAUGGAUGAGGAGAUGAAGGAAGCUUUCCAGAAUGCUUACAUGGAGCUGGGAGGACUGGGAGAGAGAGUACUGGGUUUCUGCCACGUGCUGCUGCCAGAGGAUCAGUAUCCCAAGGGCUUUGCCUUUGACACAGAUGAUGUUAACUUCCAGACAGAUAAUCUCUGCUUCGUCGGCCUCAUGUCCAUGAUCGACCCUCCCCGUGCCGCCGUGCCUGAUGCUGUUGGCAAAUGUCGAUCCGCUGGUAUCAAGGUCAUUAUGGUUACUGGUGAUCACCCGAUCACAGCCAAGGCCAUUGCCAAGGGAGUGGGCAUCAUCUCAGAGGGCAACGAGACAGUGGAGGACAUCGCAGCUCGUCUCAACAUACCUGUCAGCCAGGUCAAUCCCAGAGACGCCAAGGCCUGUGUGAUUCAUGGCUCAGACCUCAAGGAUCUGUCUCAGGAUCAAAUGGAUGACAUCCUGAGGAAUCACACGGAGAUUGUGUUUGCCAGGACCUCACCACAGCAGAAGCUGAUCAUUGUCGAAGGAUGCCAGCGACUGGGUGCUAUUGUAGCUGUGACAGGUGAUGGUGUGAAUGACUCACCUGCACUGAAAAAGGCUGACAUUGGUGUUGCCAUGGGAAUCUCAGGCUCCGAUGUGUCCAAGCAGGCUGCAGACAUGAUCUUGUUGGAUGACAACUUUGCUUCUAUUGUCACUGGAGUGGAAGAAGGUCGUUUGAUCUUUGAUAAUCUUAAGAAGUCCAUUGCCUACACCUUGACCAGCAACAUCCCAGAGAUCACCCCCUUCCUAUUUUUUAUCAUAGUCAACAUCCCAUUGCCACUGGGAACCAUCACAAUCCUGUGUAUUGACCUGGGAACUGACAUGGUUCCAGCCAUCUCUCUGGCUUAUGAAGCAGCUGAGAGCGACAUCAUGAAGCGCCAGCCUAGGAACCCAGCCAGGGACAAGCUGGUGAAUGAGAGGCUUAUCAGCAUUGCCUAUGGACAAAUUGGUAUGAUCCAGGCUCUGGGAGGAUUCUUCGCCUACUUUGUCAUCUUGGCUGAAAAUGGUUUCCUGCCCUCUCAGCUAGUAGGCAUCCGACUCAACUGGGACGACCGCAGUUUAAAUGACCUGGAAGACAGCUAUGGCCAGCAAUGGACAUAUGAACAGAGGAAGAUCGUGGAGUUUACAUGUCACACAGCCUUCUUUGUCAGUAUUGUGGUAGUGCAGUGGGCUGAUCUCAUCAUCUGCAAGACCAGGCGCAACUCUGUCUUCCAGCAAGGCAUGAAGAACAAGAUCUUGAUCUUUGGCCUGUUUGAAGAAACAGCCCUGGCUGCCUUCCUGUCCUACUGCCCAGGCAUGGAUGUGGCACUCAGGAUGUAUCCUCUAAAGCCUACCUGGUGGUUUUGUGCAUUUCCUUAUAGUUUUCUCAUCUUUGUUUACGAUGAAGCUCGAAAACUCAUCCUUCGCCGGAACCCUGGAGGUUGGGUGGAAAGGGAGACGUACUAUUGAUCGUUGGAGCACUUUCGCUCAAGCCCCUCACAUCUUCCACUUGUUUCUUCCCCCGGUCAUUCCAUCCUCGGCAAAACACAUCUCCAGAUGUCCCGCCCCCUUAAAGACAAAAAGCGCUUUGAAGCAAUUUUCAUCACAACUGCCCCAAAGAUUAAAAACAGCAAAAGCACCUUUACAACUUUCUACAUCGACCUGCCCUCUUUCUCCCCACCUCCUAUGAUACUCUUUGCAUGUGUUCUCUCACAGCUGUGUACAUAAACCAAUAUAUCUACCAAACGGCAGCUGCAUAUUGUGUAUGUAGAUCUGAAUGAGCUAAUGAUACAAAGGGAGUGUCUAUGCUCUGCAAAAAAAGGCCCAUCCAGCUCCUUGUCCUCCCUGUUCUUCUCCUCUUCACCAACAUCGUCUUUCACCUUUGUCCCCUCUUUCACCUCCUCGCCAACCCUUUGCUUGUCCUCCAAUCACACACAGAUAUACACGUCACACAGUGAGAUCCCAUCACCGGCACUACUUCGACUGCCACCUUUCGCCUCCUGUCUGUGGAGGACCAUUGGAGUGGUCAUUUUCCUGGCAUUCUCACCGCGUCCAUUUUCCUCCUCUUCUGUUCCUUAAUGUCCAAUGUUGUUUGUUUGUUUUUUAAUAUGUGGGGUAGGGGGGCAAUUUUGAUGAUUUUAGUUGUUUUGUUUUUUUUAUUUCAAAGUUGGGAGGGGAGGUGUGUGAAAACGACUUAUCCUCAUUUAGGCGCACUGAAGCACACCGCACGGCGUCCCGUCCACCGCCCCUCCCUCUCUGUAUCUCACACCCCUCCCCUCCCUUCCCUCCUGCCCCGUUUGUCUCCGUUCGUGUGCACUGUGUGAACCAUUGUCCUCGUUAAUAGCUAUUACAGUACACCUCCCUCCCCCCCAAGUUGGUAAAUACAACUCAAUCUUUCUGUGUGUUCUAGGAAAUCUAUAUAAUUCUAUACUGAAUUUAAAUGAAACAAUAAAGGAAAAAAAAUGUUGAACAUCAGCUCCAGAAAGACAUUCAUGAGGACGAUCCACAAAAUUGGUGAGGUAGGGAAAAAAAAGUGAGAGACACUGUAUCUGUCUCUCUUUUUGUAUUUGAUUUGGUUUCAGUUACUUUUGCUGGUUUCUCAGGAGGCUAUUCGAACAUGUAACAGCAAAGCAGGGCUUUAUGGUAAUUAAGUUGUGUUUUUACCAAAAGAUAGAAGUCGCCAACCAAGACUUUGUGGUUCCUGUCACUGCAGGCGUGCCGGUAUGAUGUGGUGAAGUGUGCUGUGGAGUGGUGAGUGGAGAUGAUAAGCCCAUGUGCCCGGGUCUGUGUGCAUGUAUGUGUUGGAGACCAGUGAAGGGCCAGCGGCCUCGGGCUGGGUCCGUCUUAGGUGGCUGAAUGGGUUGAAAGUUGAGAAUUAAAAAAAAAUAAAAAUACACAACUAGUAGAACAUGUGUGUCAAAUAAAUGAAACCAACACCAAUAAAACAUCUAGACAUUUAAUACAACCUA